AAGACGGCCUGUCUCUUCUUCAACCCGUACCCAGCGAGCCCCGAACCCUACACCCAUGUCCGACGGUGGCGGCAGCGGCGGCGGCGAGCCCGGGGCCGGCGGCGCCGCGCCGGUGUGCAACUUUGUUCGCAAGCCACCGAAGAAUAUUCGGAAGCGUCCCGCCGCCUCCGACGACGAAGGCGGUGGCGACGACUCCGGUGCCAUCGCGGCCGCGCGCUCCAAGAAGCCGCCGUCGACUACCAGCAAGCUCUUCUUCUCCUCCGCCGAAGCCUCCUCCGAACCCCGCCGGUUCCAGUUCGAGUCGUCCAGGACGAUCCAGUCUUCCACGGACAGCCGCGCCACCGCCACGCUCGAGACGGAGACGGCGUACGACCGUGACGCCCGCGCUAUCCGCGAGCGCCAGCUCAAGCAGGCCGAGGAGUCCCUUAAGAAGAACCCCUCCGCCUCCUCCUCUUCCUCCGGGGAGGUCUACAAGGGGAUCCACGGGUACACGGAUCACAAGGCCGGAUUCCGGCGGGAGCACACGGUGUCCGGAGAGAAGGCCGGCGGUGCGCACGGCCCUCUGCGGGCAUCAGCGCACAUCCGCCUCUCCACGCGGUUUGACUACCAGCCCGACAUUUGCAAGGAUUACAAGGAGACGGGGUACUGUGGCUACGGCGAUUCCUGCAAGUUUAUGCAUGACAGAGGUGACUACAAGUCCGGGUGGCAGCUUGAGAAGGAAUGGGACGAGGCUGAGAAGGCCCGAAAACGGCGCAUUGCGAUGCGUGGUGAGGAUGGGAGUGAUGGUGAGGCGGAGGAUGAUGAUAGCGAUGAUGAGGAGGCCCUGCCCUUUGCCUGCUAUAUAUGCAGGGAGCCAUUUGUUGAUCCGGUGGUCACAAAAUGCAAACAUUAUUUCUGUGAGCACUGUGCAUUGAAGCAUCACUCGAAGAACAAGAAGUGCUUCGUCUGCAACAAACCAACGCUUGGCAUCUUCAACGCAGCCCAGGAGAUCCGCAAGAAGAUGGCCCAAGACAAGAAGCAGCAGAACCUUUGAUGACUGUUGCACAAAAUGUAGCUUGUACCAUGUAGCAUUACUUCUGUUCUUUUAUUGUAUCGUCUGAAAAUGAUGGGAAAGAGCAAACUCCAGGAAUCAGUUUUGAUAUUUUCACCUAGCUUGUAACACCCCGGCUAUAGGCUGUCACCGUGUGCGUUUUAGGACUACAAGAGGACUCGUGGGCCACUGUUUUGUGGGUUUCAUUGGAGCAGUAUAAGUGCCAUGCUUGUAACCCCGAGGGAUCCAUCGUUGCUAACGAAAGAACCAUCAGAGCUUGUUUGUUCCAAAGCA